AUGGCUUCAUCGUAUGGACUCUACGGGAUCAUAGCAGGCGGAGUCGCGGCUCUACUAAUACCAAUCCUACUCUCCGUAGCCUUAAACGGAAGCAAGAAGGGGAAGAAGAGAGGCGUUCCGGUGAAAGUAGGCGGCGAGGAAGGUUACACGAUGCGUCACGCUCGAGGUCCCGAUCUCGUCGACGUUCCGUGGCCAGGAGCUACAACCAUGGCUGCUUUGUUUGGGCAGGCUUGUAAAAAGUAUUCGAUUUCAUUAUAG